AUCUUCGCCGCGCCUACAAUUAUGUGUCCGUGUCUAUCGCUCCUCAAUGCUCUUCGACUUUCAAUUGCCUACACCUCCGUCAAUGUUAAUUUCUAAAGAACAGGCUGUUUAACAUGCCUCGAAUUUUCUUCAAAUAAAUCACGAGUUUUUCAAAUAGUUUGAAAAUGACUGAACUAUUACUUAUUUGAUGUUAACUCCGUGUUUCACUGUGAAGGAAAGUGACGAACGCGGAGAAAUUUCUUUAUAUUACGUAAAAACACUUGUUCCGGUUAUGCUGAAAUACGGAAUACCUGAAUUUACGGCAAAGGAUUUUAGUGAUUUAGGAAAAAAUUAAUUUUAAUUUGUUUAAAGCAAAGCAGGUUUACGACUUUUCUUUUUUAUUGCCACGCAGAUAUAGUGGAUCGUCUUUUACUCGUUUUCCCCGCACAAAAUACAAUAGAAUGUGGCGACAGGAUUUCUGAAGACAUGGUCACGUAAUCAAUUUUGUGGGGAAAAAAUGAUGGCUUACUGGUAGCUUAAUGAGAAUGUCGCUUCGGUAGGAUUUGAAAUUACGUGGAUCAGAGAAGCGUAAUAUGCAGCAUCGGCAAAAAAGAUUCGCUUAAUAUCUUGAUCCCUUUUAUAGCGAAAUAAUACUUUUUUCUUUAAUCAUUCUUAACUUGUACAUUUCUUACAAUAUUCGUCGACGUGUUAACAGCUUUAAACAUCUCUGAGGCGUCCUCUUAAAAAAAGAUAUCAAUUAUUUCUAAAUUUAUAGAAGCCACCAAAUGCAUUAUUCGAAGAAGCACUAACGACUACGAGUUGCGGAACGUGUUUUUCAUUUCAUUCGGUUAAUCUAUCGUCAUAUCUUCCGUCAAGCCCUCUACAAAAUUCUGGUCCGCAAUGACCUACAUACCACUUGAUCGAUUAAUUUUCCUUUGACCUCGUUCUUUUUGCAAAUUAUGAGGUAUUUGUAAAUCGUAAUACGAUAAAUGAUGAAGCAACAACGGAAAUAUAAUAAUGGAAGAUCUAAAUUAUAGAAUUAACAGAGUAUUAGAGAGUUUAUUAUUAAUUUCACGAAGAUAACAAUUGCUAUUGGAAGGGUGGGUACAGUAAAUGGCAUUAUUGUUAAUAAAAUAUCUUAUUUUAUCGCAUGCACUUUCGAUGCUAUCCACAGCAAUGAAAUUUGUACAAAUACGUAUCUGAUGAUGAUAAUCUUUGUCGUACAUAAACAUUUGAUAUUUCUUAUCUACGAUGAAUUUUAUAGAGUAAUUAUAAAUCUUAAACGAAAUAGUACAAUCAUCGUAUAAAUUUCAGUCACGAUUAACCCCUUUCAGCACUGUGUCAUCGUGUGACAAUGCUGUACGCAGUCAGAAAAUAUUCGUUUCGUACGGCGACCGAAUAUUAAUUUAUCGAAUAAGUUCAUGCGUGGAAUUCAUACUAAUGAUGUUCAUUGUCUUAUAAAGUUAAAUUAAACUCAAGAAAUUAAAACAACGAGAUCAAUGUUACAUUAAUUAGGUGGUAUUAUUCGAAUAAAACAUUGCGAGAUAUUAAAAUUUUGACGAAUACGUAAUAUCAGGAAAAUAUUAAUAAUAAGGUAAUAUAAUAAUAUAUUCAGGAAAUGGUAUAAAAGCUGUUUACCACAAUAAUGAUACGUUUUUCCUAAUUCUGCAAUUAUCGUGUGCAUUAUAAUCGUAUUGUACUAAUAUCCCCUUUCUUGCAAAAGAAUGACAGUGCUUAGAGAUUUUAGUGUAUAAAUUUCCCUAGUAUAUAAGAUGGCCACCCUGAUGUCACUAGUCUAGGCAGAUUAUUCUAGCGCGUGACGUGGUGGGGAGAUGUCCAUGUUACGCAUGUUCAGCACUGGCACGUUGUUCGUUCAUUUCCUUUUGGGACUCGAAGGUGGGAGGUUGUUUUAUUGAGUGAUUCUUCGGCUUCGAUAACCGUUUCUUUAUACCCGCGUAGAUGUUUCAUCUAAUUACGACAAGGUACACUUGUAAAUUCAAAAAGGUUUUUAAGAAAUUUACACUGCAUUUCAAUUCAGAAAAUUUUUAUUACGACAAAGUUUGGGAAAAUGGCUGAGUCUGUAGAAAAUAGUGAAUAUAUAGGCCACGUGGCGAAGAAACUCACUCAAGAGGAAAUCGAGAAAAUGCAGGCGCAAAAUUCGCGAUUAGUUUCUGAAUUUCGGGCUAAUCAACUGGAAAAAGAUGCUAAAAAGCAUUGGGACUUGUUUUAUAAACGAAACGAUACUAGAUUCUUUAAAGAUAGACACUGGACUACCAGAGAGUUCCAUGAAUUGCUAGGCUUGGGUACGGAAGACGAUCAAAAGAUCCUUCUAGAAGUUGGAUGCGGUGUUGGAAAUUUCAUAUAUCCAUUGAUCGAAGAUGGAUUGAAGUUUAAAAUGAUAUUUGCCUGUGAUCUUUCUCCUAGAGCCGUGGAGUUAACAAAGAAACAUAUAUUAUAUAAUCCAAAAAAUAUAAAGGUUUUUCAAACUGAUAUUACGACAGAAAAUUGUUUUUGCGAGGUGGAUUACUCUGUGAAUAUAGUAACAUUAAUAUUUGUAUUAUCGGCUAUUAAUCCAACAAAUUUUAGAACAGUUGUGAAAAACUUGUAUAACAUUCUUGAUAUUGGAGGGAUUGUGCUUUUUAGAGACUAUGGUCUGUAUGAUAUGGCUCAAUUAAGAUUUAAACCUGGUCACAAAAUCAGUGAAAAUCUAUAUAUGCGACAAGAUGGAACUAGUGGAAGAAGUAUUAAACUUAUUUGAAUCAAUUGGCUUUAAAGUUUUAUCAUGCAAUUACGUACAAAGACGUACUAUAAA